AUGAAAAAAGGAAGAGGCAUUGGCGCGCAUCCAACUUUACUCAUUACGCGGUACUCCGUGGGUGUAGGUAUUUCUGCUUGUGGCACACGCAAAUCUCAUCAGGUUCUUCGAGUAAAAGUGCAGUGGGCUGUCAAUUGUGAUAAGUGCUCGAAACGAAAUAAAACUAAUUUGACUGAUUCACUUAACCUAAAAACUGUUUGA